CUCUGAGACACUUGGUGUGAUUUAGACCAAGGUUUCGGUCUGCUGAAGGUGACCCUGAGGUUUGAAGAGGAGAGAUAUGGAAGAAGUUCGUUCCGUUGUUACCACGGACUCUCAAGGCUCGAAAACUUUAAGCUCCAGAGGUCUGGAGGGGCAAAAUGGUCGGUCUCUUGACACUGAGAGCCAGGAUUCCGUGAAGAGCGACAACUUCUUCAGAAGGAGCAGUCCAGGGGAUCUCGGAGAGGAUGAGGAGGAGUCUGAAGGCACCGUGGGCGAUCAGGACCUGAAGGGGACUUACAAGCAGCUUGUCCAAGGGGUUCAGGAGUGGCAGGAUGGCUGUGUUUACAAAGGGGAGUUCGGGCUCAACAUGAAGCUUGGAUACGGCGAGUUCUCUUGGCCCACAGGCGAGGCCUACCAUGGGCAGUUUUACCGGGACCAUUUCCAUGGCAUGGGCACCUACACGUGGCCGGAUGGCUCCAGCUUCACAGGCACGUUUUAUCUCAGCCAACGAGAAGGCUACGGGACCAUGCACACAAAAACAAUGUUAUUCCAGGGAUUGUACAAAGAGGACCAGAGAUUUGGGCCAGGCAUCGAGACCUACCCUGAUGGCAGUCAGGAUGUUGGACUGUGGUUCCGUGAGUACCUCCUCAAGCUGUGCACAAGGGUUCCCAGCGGUUUCUCCUUGGUAAACUACCCAGAAUUCUUGGCCUUCCUCACAAAAUCGAGAAGGAGACUUGAUCUNUCAGAUGAGAAGGUGGAGUUGGGUCUUUCUGAGGAGCAGGACCCCUUCUUCUAUGACUAUAAACAGUAUCUCCGGAAUGAUGACCUAAAGCUGCCUCCAGAGAUGCACGUCUAUUCGACCGACAACAGUCACCUGCCCAUGACCGACUCCCUGCGCCAAGAGCUAGAUGACCGCAUCUUCAUGAACGAGAUCCCUCUGUUCAUUGAGGACGAAGAACCCUGGCUCAUAACAAAUGAGACUCCUUUGUUGGUCAAAAUCCAGAAGCAAACUUACAAGUUCAGGAACAAGGAUGCUCAUACCAGCUGGAACAUACCUGCCAUCCUGGAGGGGAACCGCAGCAGGUUUGGGCCCAGCGGCCCCAAGGAGCAGAUUUCCAAGAAGAUGAUCAUGAAGGCUGAGGAAGGGGACUAUAACUGGAUUUUUGGAAUCUUGAGGGACAACCUUGCCUGUGCUGACGUGGCUGACUCCAAGGGUUACACUGUGCUGGCCGCUGCGGCAAUGCAUUCUCACCUGGACAUUGUGAACCUUCUCCUGGAUUACGGCGCUGACGUGAACAAGCGCUCGGACGAGGGCAUCACGCCCCUCAGUAUGUGCUUCCUCCAGUAUUAUCCCUGCAAAUCCUUCCACCCCAACAUUGCUGAGAGGACCCUGCUUCAGGAAUCUCCUAAAUCCUUGGUCACCCCCAAAAUUUCAUUCUUGCUUGCGGAUGCAAAUAUAGAUUAUCUCUACGAUGUGGGCAUGCCCGUAGCAGGUGGAGAUGAAGUGAAGACAAGCAGCCUGGAUGACUCCCUGGCCUCCAUGCAAACCCCAGAGUCCAGCAACAUGCCUCACAAGGAAGAAGUCUCCCCAGUGAAGACUGUCAGCACUGACGUAGAGAAAGAGUCUGAGGAAGCGGCAGAAAAUGUGGAUGCGAGCACCUUGUACAGCGUCGAUACAAAUUUCGAGUCUACCAAGUGCCUGCGGAACUACACUAUUAAUGUCUCGAGGGACAUCAUGGAGAAGAGUGCCCAGGCCUACAGUUCAUUGCCACAGCACCCCUGCUUCCCAUACAAAGGGACCGUGAGGAAAAUGGCACAGUCCAUGGUCGAACGCAGAAAUCGUUGGAUGACCAUCACGUUGCUGCUCCGUAGAGGUGCUGAUCCUAACCUGUGUCAAGUGCCCAUGCAGGCUCUGUUUCUCGCCGUGAAGGCUGGGGAUGUGGAAGGGGUGAGGCUGCUACUGAUGAGUGGGGCCCAGACGGACAUUCAGUUUCCUCCACAGUUGCAGUCCCUGACCCCGCUCCACAUCGCAGUCUCUCUUCCCGGGGAGGAGGGCGUGAAGAUCACUGAGCUGCUGCUCCACGUGAUCACUAACGUGGAUGCCAAGGCGGCGGACGGGGACUACGCGUACAAAGGUGGCAAGGCUGAUCUCCUGCCCUCAAGCCUGAAGCUCAACAAUGAGCCGGGCCCACCCAAGAACUACUACUCCACACACACAUUCAUCCCAGAGGAGGGCGGGCGCACAGCUCUGCACGUGGCCUGUGAGAGAGAGGACAACAAGAAGUGUGCCAGGGACAUCGUGCGGCUCCUUCUGUCCCACAGAGCGAAUCCAAACGUGCUGUGGAGCGGCCACUCCCCGCUCUCGCUGGCCAUUGCCAGUGGGAAUGACCUGGUUGUGAAGGAGCUCCUGUCCCAGGGAGCUGACCCCAACUUGCCUCUGACCAAAGGCUUGGGCACUGCCCUGUGUGUUGUGUGUGACCUGGUCUAUGAGCAACAGAGGAGCGUCGACAACAAGAUUGCCCUGAUUGACCGGCUCAUUAGCUACGGGGCGGAUGUCCUGAACCCUGUGACUCUUGUGCAAGGCGAUAGGACGGCUGUGGGCACGGCAGUCGACUAUGGCUACUUCAAGUUCUUCCAGGACCGGAAGAUCGCCCACUGUCCCUUUCACGCUCUGAUGCCAGCAGAGCGGGAGGUAUUCAUGGCCCGGAAAAGGCUGCUGGAGUACUUAGGCUUGCAAUUGCGCCUUGCUGUCCUCAGCAAGGAAAGCCGGCUGGACACGAAGGCCCUGUACCUGAGCAAGAGAGCAGAGCUGGCUCCCUGCCACAGGCUGAAGAAGAAAGGUUCCAGCUCACUUAGGACCCAAUCCGUGGAGAAGCAGUCUUGCCAUGCUGGAUUGUUGUUUGAGCCUCUAUGGAACCUGUGGUGGGCCCAAAGGCUCAGUGUGCAUCAACUGUUCAGAAUAACCAACCAAUGUGGAGACCCUCCUAGAAUUCCCUUUUACAAGUUUUGCUACCAGUGUGGCCGCUCCAUCGGGGUCCGCCUCUCACCCUGCCCCCGCUGCUAUGGAAUCCUGACCUGUAGCAAGUACUGCAAGACCAAGGCCUGGAUUGAGUUCCACAAGAAGGACUGCAACGACAUCAUGGCCAUGAGAGCAUCAUCUUCUCGCUGUCUUCUCAGGGCCUUGGUAACCCCUGUGGAACAGUCAGCUUUCUCCAUGGAAUCAGGGAGGGCUCUCCAGUUCCAAAUGUCCCAGGUGUUCAUGAAAGUCCAGCCUGAGAAGUACCCGGAGCAGAAUAACCACGUAUCCAAGAGUGUCCAGCUCAGAAGGAAUGUGGAGUCUAAGAACCAGGUGUCCAAGAGUGCCCAGCUCAAAAACAACCCAGAGCAGCAGAAGAAGGGGUUCAUGAGGCGGAGAACCUGCUUGACGGCCUGACAUGGCGCUUCACCUGCAGUUACCAGUGAGCACCAGCAUGCCCACCUCAUUCUACAUGGAGGCUCUAUUGAGCCAUUACCUCACUCCAUAGUUAUCUAUCCUGGCCACUCAAGGAGACAAGACUGUACCCCUACCCUCUCCCAUGGAAAAUUCUGGGCUACCCAGCACCAGGGCUUCCCAGGAUUUAAAAGAAGGCAGAGUGUGAGGACCCAGCUGCUACCCUGGGCCUGGGCACUAAAGUAUCCUUGGGUGGAAUCCAAUACCCAGCCAGAGCUGUGGCCUUUGGAGAAGCCUCUCUUCUGGGAGCUGUGGCCCGGUAGCAUGAGGGGUGGAGCUCAUGCUUGAAUAGGCCCCACUGAAUGGCAACACUGUGGGCCCCAACUCUGGUAAAGCACACAUGACACAUGGCUGAGCAGGGAUUCUUUGAGUCUGGGCUACUGAGUGAGCUUCGUAGCAAUGGAGGUAGGCACUAUGUACAUAGGGACAGGUCAGCUCCUUGAGGUGAGGGUGAACUAGCCCUGAGUAUCUUACGUUACUUAGAACAUUUCUGCAGAUGUAGGAGAACUUGGGAUAGACUGGUGUGUCAGGAUAUCCCUUUUCCCUACACUGCUCUCUUGGGUACCUCUGAGGCACCCUGGCAGGAAUGAGAACUUUUCUAUGGCUAAGACCAUGCACGGCAUGUAGAUGGAGGUGGGUUAAAGAGGUGGAAGGCCGGUGGAACCCACGUAGGCUGGCUGGCUCUGGUAUCCUGGCUCCCUCCUCCCAUAAACUUUGGGAUGUCCAGUUGGCACAGACAGGUAUCUUCCCAGGUACACUUGGAGAUAGAUGUUCAAUGGUUGCCACCACAUGGAAACCCCAGGACUUUCCUACAGGCGCAACCCCUCUUCACCCUCCUCCUAAC